AUGCCGAGCAGCGGCGAGACGAACAACACUGCCGAGUACACGGCACUGCUGCUCGGCGUGCGGAGCGCUUACCAUCACGGCGCAACAUCCUUGGCGAUCGAGGGAGACAGCCACCUGGUAGUGUCGCAGGUACGAGGUACUUUCGCGUGCAGGAACCAACGCCUACGGCAGCUGCGCAACCGCGUGCGCCACGCGCUUCGCUCGGUGACCAAGUUCACGCAACAGCAUGUCGACCGGAAGGCUAACGCCCAUGCCGACCGACUAGCAAACCGAACACUCGACAUGAAGCGCACGCUGGUGGAGUGCGGCCGGCACCACGGUAGCAUGGACCUCUGCUGGCACCCAUCGAUCACAGCGCCGACCCAGAACGUAAUGGCGGCACCGCUACGUCGUUUGCCAGCGGCAGCAUCCGGUCGUCAUAGCGAAGUCGGCCUCCUCCACGACGAGGAGGCUGAUAUUGCAGCCCGUGACAACGGUGAAGUGUUGCCCACCCUGCCUAUCGGACCAGGAUCAGCUCCCGUCCGGUAA